AUGACAGAAAUCUUAAGAAAGGAGGUCAACAGUCACGACAACUUAUGUCACAAAAGCAAUUUAGUAUUUAAUAUUAAUGGUUACUAUAAAAAAUCUGAUAUAUAUAAAGUAGAUGACACUUUAAAUUACAACCGAGAUGAUGGUGAGGAAGACUCCCAUGAAACAAUGUCAUCUCUACAAUUCUCUCCUCUAAGUGCUACUACACAGUCACCCCCACAGCAUGCGAUGGGAAUUUUUAAUUGCACCUCUUUAAAAGAAGCAAAAAAAACACUAACAUAUGCAACUGAGUCUGUAAUUGGACACGGUUCAUUUGGUAUUGUAUAUAGAGCAAGAGUUUUAGAGACUGGUGAUUAUGUUGCAAUAAAAAAAGUAUAUCAAGAUAAGAGGUAUAAGCACAGAGAAUUACAGAUAAUGAGAAUAUUGGAUUGCCAUCCUUCUAUUGUGGAAUUAUACCAAGCCUUCUACACUGUAGGUGAGAAACAAGAUGAUGUAUACUUGAAUAUAGUUAUGGAAUGUCUUGGUGGCUCAAUGUAUCAGCUGUUAAAACAAUGCAAUAAUGUAAGCUAUAAAGAUUCAUUUCCUAGUUGUGGUAAUGGGUUACCUAUAAUAUUAGUUAAGUUGUAUAGUUACCAAAUAUUCCGUGCUUUAGCUUACAUGAGUACCUUAAACGUGUGCCACCGUGAUAUAAAACCUCAAAAUUUGCUCUUAAAUCCAUCCUCUGGUAUUCUAAAAGUUUGUGAUUUUGGGAGUGCAAAAAGGUUACUAUCAAACGAUAUGAAUGUAUCUUACAUAUGCAGCCGAUUUUAUAGAGCCCCAGAAUUAAUAUUUGGAUCUACAAGUUACACAACAGCUGUAGAUAUAUGGUCCGCAGGUUGUGUAGUUUACGAGUUAAUGACAGGAAAACCACUAUUUUCUGGAGAGAGUGGAGUUGAUCAACUUGUGGAAAUCAUUAAACUUUUAGGGACACCCAAUAAGGAACAAGUAAGUGAUAUGAACCCAGCAUAUACAAAAUUUGAAUUUCCAAGUAUAGUGCCUACUCCAUGGUCGCUUAUUCUCCCAGAAGGAGUAAAUGGAACAGAUAAAAUGCAUAUAAUUGACUUUCUGUCUAGAAUUCUGGUCUAUAGCCCACAAAAAAGACUUAAGCCACUUGAGGCAUUAGCACAUCCAUUUUUUGAUGAAUUACGUACUAGUGGUCCCAAUAUAAUUGUGCCUGUUAUAAGCCUUAAUAAUAAAAAAAAUAAGUACCAGUCAGAUUAUAAAAAUACCCAUACAUUAAAUAUCAAUUUUCUUUUUAAUUUUACACAAAAAGAAAAAGAUUUAUAUAAUACCGAUAUUAUUGAGAGAAUUUCACCUGAGUGGUACAAAAUGGAUUAUAAGUGA